AUGCUCACUUCCACAUCAACAAACCCGGCCAUCCAGGCCUACAAGGUCUACCACCUCUCGCAGACCAAGCUCGAUCGAGAGUGCCGCCGACAAACGCCAGAUCUCCACCGCAUAGUGCUACACGCCUCCAUCGUCGACAAUGUCCGUCGAUGGUCUCGUGACCUAGCCACCCCUUCCGAGACUGUCGUGGUCGACUCCGAGUCAGACACCGACAGUGAUCCGUUCGAGGACUCUGCCUCCGACGAGGAAUACGAGGAUGCCAUGCCUGUCGACCAAGUUGCCAUCUUCGACUGCGAGGUUGACGACGACACAACGAUUGAGCAGCAGUCGCAAAGCACCGGCAAAGUCUACGCCGUUCAAUCUGGUAUGCUCCAGCCUGUGGACAACAAGGACUCCCAGUCCAAAUCUGCUCCUGCAAGCCCCAGGAGAAGAGCUCCUCCCCCGCCAUCCGCCGCUAAUUCAACCUACGAACUCCAUGAUCAGAGCUGGAAGCAAAACCGACCAGUCACGGUGCGGGAGACUGCGAUUGAAGUCGAUGGCGAUGACUGA